UUCCGCCAAAUAUUCCUUUCUAGUCAUCAAAACCCCAAACCCCAACCCCUGAAACCCUAAUACAGAGCCAUAACACGAGUAGCCGGCGACAUGUCCACCUCCACCGAGUCGGAGUCGGAGUCGGAGACCGAGCUAAUGAAUCUUGAGAAAGUUCCGGUAUGGGAUUUGCCGGACGUGCCACAGGGACAGCUACCCUCUCAUAUCGAGAACCUGCGAACUCGCGUUCUCUGCACUUACAUAGCUCCCACCAAUACGGACAAAAUCAAAUACUCGGGUGCCUUUGCUUCGAUGGGUGUUGAUAACAGCUUGCGAUCGGAACAGUUCAGAAACAACUUUAGAGUUGAAGUUAUGAAGCUUAGUGAAGAUGAUAUUGAGUUCGACAUGAUUGGUAUCGAUGCUGCAGUUGCCAAUGCAUUCCGCAGAAUCCUCAUUGCAGAGCUUCCAACUAUGGCAAUUGAGAAAGUUCUAAUUGCAAACAACACAUCUAUCAUCCAAGAUGAGGUGCUUGCCCAUAGACUUGGUCUCAUCCCGCUUAAAGUUGAUCCCCGACUGUUUGAAUAUAUGUCAGAAAAUGAUGUACCCAAUGAAAAGAACACAAUUGUUUUCAGUCUUCACGUUCGCUGUGAGAAAGCUAAAAAGGAGAGAAUUUCUGUCAAAUCAAGUGAGCUGAAAUGGUUACCUAACGGCAGCGAGUUUGUGCUGUCCACAGAAAAUUCAGCGUCCAGUUCAGCGUCCGGUUCAGCGUCAAAGCCAAAAACUUAUACUUCAUUCAGCUGCAGUCAAGAUUCUCUACCAGAAUUUUCCAACAAUCCUAUUGCCCCCAAGUACCCAGAUAUUACGAUAGCUAGACUUGGGGCUGGACAGGAAAUAGAACUCGAAGCACAUGCUGUUAAAGGCAUUGGUAAGACACAUGCAAAGUGGUCACCGGUGGCCACUGCUUGGUACAGGAUGCUUCCUGAGGUUGUAUUAUUAAGAGAAAUUGAAGGUGAUGAAGCAGAACAACUUGUGGAAAAAUGUCCGGUUAAAGUAUUUGACAUUGAAGAUAUUGGCAAAGGUAAAAAGAGGGCAACUGUAGCAAGACCAAGGGCUUGUACCCUUUGUAGGGAGUGCAUUAGGGAAGAAGGCUGGGAGAAGAAUGUGGCUCUACAACGCGUAAAAGAUCAUUUCAUCUUUACUAUUGAAUCGGCUGGAGCUUUGCCCCCCGAGGUUCUGUUCACUGAAGCAGUAAAGAUUUUGGAAGAUAAAUGUGAGCGUGUGAUAACGGAGCUCUCUUGAUCAUAAUGAGCUAUAUCUCGAUGGAGGAAGAAGUUCAUAAAUGAAUGCUUAGAGUAGAAAGUGUAACUGAGAUUUCAUCAUACCAUUUCCUAUAUAGUGUUGCCCUUCCAUCUAUAAUUACUUAAACAGCAUUCAAUAGUUAUUUUUUUUAAUAGUACUUUUCAUGUAGCUUAAAUUAUGAAUUAAUCAAAUUUUGAUUGCCAAUUUGAAAAGAGUGAGAAAUUGAAAAAUUAA